AUGUCGUCUUAUCAGCCACGGAUUGCUAUUAUUGGCGCUGGCCCUGCCGGACUGACUCUUGGUGUCCUACUGCACAAGCAUGGCAUCCCAUUCACCAUAUUUGAGCUUCGUCAAGAGCCCACCGAAGAAGAACUCCUAAAGCCUGCUGGAUCACUUGAUCUUCACGAGGAAUCCGGCAUUGCUGCUAUAAAAGAAUGCGGCCUGCUUGAAGAAUUCGCCUCAUUUACGGGAGACUGUACCGAGGCAGAUCGGGUUUGCAACAUGUAUGGGGAUCUACUAUACGCGGAUGAAGGAGAACUGGCAAAGCGCCCUGAGAUCGCUCGACCGAAAAUUAUCAAACUCUUACUGUCAAAUCUACCAGCUUCAUCAAUAAAGUGGGGCCACAAACUGAUGAGCGUCAAGGCCUCUGGUUUAUCUGACCCGGCAGAGACUGAACUUGAUUUCGGCGAACAUGGUAAAGAUACCUUUGACCUUGUCAUUGGUGCCGACGGAGCUUGGUCUAGGGUGAGGGCGUUGUUGACGGAAGAGAAGCCGCACUACGCCGGGAUGUAUAUCAUUACCCUGGAUAUCAGGCAAAUCGCCUCAAGGCACCCACGCUUGGCCGAGUGGAUCGGCACUGGCUCUUUGCAAUGUCUUGGAAACCGACAUGGAAUCUGUACUCAACGUUCGAUGCAAGGAUCGGCAAGAAUAUAUAUCUUCAUCUCGGUAGAGGACGAGCAUUUUGCGGCUACAAGCGGUUUGAACAAAAAGACAGCUGCGCAAGCCAAGGAACAGCUGCUUUGCGACAACUCACUAUUCAGUUUGUGGGGUUCCAUGAUUAAAGAGCUGGUGGCUGCCGCGUGCGACGAUGAGUCGAUUUAUAAGCCUGGCCAAACUAUUGAUAUCAAGCCGCUUUACACGCUUCCUGUCGGAUAUACGUGGGAGCAUCAUUUAGGCGCAACACUCGUCGGAGAUGCAGCCCAUCUAAUGAACCCACCGGCGGGGCAAGGAGUCAAUCUUGCCAUGAAGGACUCAUUGAUGUUAGCACAAGCCAUAAUCAAAGCACACGCUAUCGUUGACCAGGAUCCUGCCUUGUUCCGUGGCACACUAGAUACACUGAUAACAGACUUUGAGCGGAACAUGUCAGUAGCGGCGAAGGAAAUUGCUGACAUGACCAUGAAGAUAAAUGACAUCCAAUUCGGUUCUGAUGACGCCGCUACAGUCAUGGCGAACUUUUUUAGAAGCUGUGGGGAGUCUUGA